GAGAGAGAGAGAGAGAGAGAGAGAGAGAUGGAACGUGGAGGGACCGGAGGCUUCCAUGGCUACCGCAGAACCCCACAGACAUCCCCUGCAGGGCUGAAAUUACCAGAGAUCAACAUGAGCCAUCAGGCUGAUCGUCAGAUAUUGGUGAACGACAAUACAAAUAACACGGGGAUGAUGAACAACCACUCAAGCAGCAGUAACAACCCCGUGGCCGUGGACGACAGUGGUAAUGAAUGCACGGUGAGGGAGCAAGACCGUUUCAUGCCAAUUGCCAAUGUGAUAAGAAUCAUGCGCAAAAUGCUGCCUCCUCAUGCCAAAAUCUCGGACGACGCCAAGGAAACCAUCCAGGAAUGCGUGUCUGAGUUCAUCAGUUUCAUCACAGGAGAAGCCAACGAACGCUGCCAGCGUGAGCAACGCAAGACCAUCACGGCUGAGGAUGUUCUCUGGGCCAUGAGCAAACUGGGCUUUGACGACUACAUUGAGCCUCUCACCGUCUAUCUCAACCGCUACCGCGAGUUUGAAGGUGAUCGCGGCUCCAUAAGGGGCGAUAUCCCUCUGGCUGUCAUGAAGAGGACCAUGGAUUUAGUCCCUUCUUCCACCAGCACGGCUGCGGCAGCUUUUGCGCCUGUUUUUCACUUGGGUCACCACCAUGGCUUCUUUGGAGCUCCUCCUCCUCCUGCUGCAGCAGCAGCAGGAGGAAUGGCUGGAUUCCUCAACGACGCAAUAUCACCCAAUAAUAACAAUGCCGCUGCUGCCGCGGGUUCAUCUCAGCCGCCUGCUGUGGCCAGCAUUGAUCAGUCUUAUGCCCGUAUCUGUAACAAGUGACUAGCUAGCUAGCGCUCUAAACAAAUUAAAAUUAGGCUAAGCUAGGCUAGCUGAAGUAGUAGUUCAGUAGUUUGUGUGGUGGUGGAAGUGGUUGUCUGUUGGUGCAGUACCGUACCAAAACCAAACAAAGAGCAGUGGCUCAGCUGUCUG